AUGAAGUAUUAUGAAAAUUCUACUGUUUUUCAUUAUACUUGGGAACAGGUUGCUCAAGGAUUUUGGAAAAGAUAUCCGAAUCCUCAAAGUUCUCACGUUUUGACGGAAGAUACUAUUCAGAGAGAAGUGAAAGAUGGUAAACUUUAUUCGAAAAGGAUAUUGACAAAAACAAAUAGAGUUCCAAAAUGGGGUGAAAGAUUUAUUAGUACUAGGGUAGUUAAAAUAAUUGAAGAAUCAAUAGUUGACCCAAAUGAAAAGUUGUUAGUGACUUAUACAAGAAACAUUGGAUUAGCAAGGAUAAUGGAAAUGAGUGUGGUUGAGAAAGUUACUUAUAAGACAAGUCAAGAAAAUUCUAAUUGGACUGUUGCUUAUCGCUCUGCUUGGAUUGAUUCUCAAGUGUUUGGAUUUAGAAAAGCAAUAAUUGCUUUCGGGUUGGAGAGGUUUCGUAGAAACUGUCAAAAAAUGAUAACAGGAUUUAAUUAUGUUCUUUCCGGAAUGUUUCCACAAAAUGCUUCUACAGUUACAAUUGAAGAAAAUUCUAAUAUCGCAUCAAAAACUGAAAAGCUUAGAGAUGUUGCAAAAACUGCAUCAGAUUUGGCUAAAUCUAAAGCUAAUUCAAUAUUUGUCUCAUGUGAGCCUAGAACAAAACUGUAA